AUGUCUACAUCUGCAAAAAAACGUAAACUUGAAGCUGAAAGUGGAUCGGAAUCUGGCAGUGCAAGGGGAUCUAGUUUGUCUUCAGAAGUUGAAGGAGAAGCUGUUGAUAAAUUUGUUCGUGUAACUGACCAAGCUACCGGCAGGACUCGGUGGACUCCACUCUCAUCUGAUGGGACUUUGGCAUUCUCUUCAUUUGAACACACAUUUCCAGGAGCGUAUGGGUUAAAGUACCCUACGCCAAAUUCUAAUGUCAAGCGCGGUGUUCCAUUUAAUGAUAAUAAAAAGGCUUUUGAGGCGCCUUUUGAUGGAUGGAAAGGGAAGUUGUUUGAAGUAAUUUAUCGUCGGAAGCCUCCUGUUGUUAGUGUAGCGCCUGGUUAG